CAAAUAUUUGCUGGAAAAUUCAAUUAGAACAGAAAAUUCUCACUUUUUUAAAACUAUUUGCAAUUUUUUAAUAUCAUAAUCUCCCAAAAUCUUGUGUUUUCCAAUUUUAGCUAUGAAUUUAUAGCCUUCAUUAGCAGAAUCUCAUUUACUCUUCUUUGGUAUAUCUUUGUGCUGCUCUGUCUUGUGGAGUGUUGCCGUUAGGAAAAACUUCUAUAUAUUAUAGACCCUUUACUUGUUUUUGCAAUCUUGAUUUUUUGUUAUAGUUUAAACCCUCGAAUCGGAAACCCUAAGCAAAAAGUCCCCAGCGAUUCAGUAAUUUACCCAUUUUUCUUGUCGUUGAAUCUGUAAAUCAUUAGGCAGUAGUCUAAAAAAUUGCCGAUAAUUUACGAGGAAAUUUGAACUGAAACUGCAAGAGAGGAUGACGAUCGAGUCGAUGCCAGGAAGUUCAGGGUACAUAGAAGUAGGAAAUAGAAAGAUAACCUAUUUCAGCAACGGUUAUGUUUUGGGGUUGACUGUUGUUGCGGGUAUUGGUGGUCUUCUUUUUGGCUACGACACUGGAGUUAUAUCGGGAGCCCUCCUGUAUAUUCGUGAUGAAUUUGAAGAAGUCAAUCAAAGUCACUUUCUUCAGGAAACAAUUGUCAGUAUGGCUUUGGUCGGUGCAAUGAUUGGAGCUGCCAUAGGAGGCUGGGUAAAUGAUUCUUAUGGACGUAAGAAGGCUACUCUGUCAGCUGAUGUUGUUUUCGCUCUUGGAUCUGUAGUCAUGGCUGCAGCUCAGAAUCCUUAUGUUCUUAUUUUUGGACGUUUCUUGGUUGGCUUGGGGGUGGGGGUUGCAUCUGUUACUGCUCCUGUGUAUAUUGCUGAGGCUUCCCCUACAGAAAUUAGGGGAGGCCUUGUCAGCACAAAUGUGCUAAUGAUCACCGGUGGACAAUUUCUUUCAUACCUUGUGAAUCUUGCAUUUACAGAGGUUCCCGGUACAUGGCGAUGGAUGCUUGGAGUAUCUGCAGUGCCAGCAAUUCUUCAGUUUUUUUUAAUGCUAUUUUUGCCCGAAUCUCCUCGUUGGCUUUACCUGAAGAAGGAUAAAUCUAAAGCCAUUGUUGUGCUCUCAAAGAUUUAUGAUCCUUAUCGCUUGGAAGAGGAAAUCAAUCAGCUUGCUACUACACUUGAGGAAGAGCGGCAGAGAAAGAGUGUGGUCCGAUACUCUGAUGUUUUUAAAGUAAAAGAAAUAAGACUUGCAUUUUUUGCUGGAGCUGGACUUCAGGCAUUCCAGCAGUUCACAGGUAUCAACACUGUUAUGUACUACAGUCCAACGAUAGUGCAGAUGGCUGGCUUCAGGUCCAAUCAACUCGCGAUUCUCCUCUCCCUCAUUGUCGCAGCCGUGAAUGCUGUUGGUACAGUUCUGGGAAUAUAUCUCAUCGAUCACUUUGGUCGACGGAAAUUGGCACUUAGCAGCUUGUCGGGUGUAAUAAUUUCUCUCAUCAUUCUUGCUGUGGCGUUUAUCUUGGAACCAUCUACUUCUUCUGUGAUUGGGCUCUAUGGUUGGAUGGCAGUCGUGGGUUUGGCUCUUUAUAUAUCUUUCUUUGCACCCGGAAUGGGGCCCGUUCCAUGGACCGUGAACUCAGAAAUCUAUCCCGAGGCAUAUCGAGGAAUGUGUGGAGGUAUGUCUGCUACCGUGAACUGGAUAUCAAAUCUUAUUGUAGCUCAAAGUUUUCUCUCGCUAGCUGAUGCUGUUGGCACUGGUUGGACUUUCUUGAUACUUGCUGUCAUUGCUGUUGCUGCGUUUGUGUUCGUGAUUGUUUUUGUGCCGGAAACUAAGGGUUUGACAUUUGAGGAAGUGGAGAGGGUCUGGAAAGAGAGAGCUUGGGGCGGUGGAUAUGGCAGAGAAGCACUCCUUGAAGCAGGAAAUGAGCAGUGAGUGCACCCUCUUCAUACCUAUAGAGAGGAUUAUUAUAGAAACACGAAGUACAAUGACUUGUAUUAUUUUGAGUUCUCUCUAAUCAGACGACCUGAAAAUCCAUCAAUUAGAGUAUGUUUGCUAAUGCUUUUAAAUGCUUAGGGUUAUGGGUUCCACAGAAUGCGUGGAUAAUAAGUUGUAGCAUAUUGCGAAUUGUACGAAAUGUGUGGAUAAAAACAUAUGUUUGAUUAGCUUAAAUUGAAAAUUAGACUUUGUCAAACUUGAAAGUUGAGCAAA